GCCCGAACACCGAACCAACCAAACCGGUCCACAAACUAAAAAACCCUAAUCUGUGAGAUAUCAGGUCUCACAGUAACCUCGUUACUCAUCUUACAGGGUUUUUGCUACAAGUCAAUUGUGUAACUCUUUUCUUCCUUAACCAAAUUUAGUAAAUUAUGGGUGAGACUGGAAAACGAUCGCGUAGGGAUGACGGGGAUAGCAAGAACCAGAAGAGGAGGACAGAGAGAGAUGAGAAAGGCGAUGAUGAACUAGUAGUGUACAGAAUUCUAUGCCCAGAUAAUGUGAUUGGUAGUGUUAUUGGAAAGAAUGGGAAAGUUAUAAAUUCGAUUAGAGCCGAGACCAAGGCGAAGGUCAAGGUGGUGGACCCAUUUCCAGGUGCUAAGGAUAGAGUUAUAAUCAUUUAUUGCUAUGUAAAAGAAAAGGAAGAUGUUGAGGUUGACGAGGAGUUCAAUGAGAAAAAACCUCUUUGCUCUGCUCAGGAUGCUCUUCUUAGGGUUUAUGCGGCAAUUGCAAAUGCUUUGGCAGCUGUUGGAGAUUCUGAUAAGAAGCGUAAGGAAAAAGAGGAGUGUCAGCUUCUUGUUCCAUCAAGCCAGUCUGCAAAUAUCAUUGGUAAAUCUGGUACCACCAUAAAGAAGUUGAGAAGCAAGAUGAGGGCUAAUAUUAAAGUUAUUGCUAAAGAUGCUAGCGAUCCAACACAUUCCUGUGCUCUCGAGUUUGAUAACUUCGUUCUGAUAACUGGUGACUCAGAAUCAGUAAAGAGAUCGCUCUUUGCUGUUUCUGCAAUCAUGUACAAGUUCACACCUAAGGAAGAUAUUCCUCUUAAUACUAAUGUUCCUGAAGUUCGUCCAAGCAUUAUUAUCCCUUCAGAUGUUCCCAUAUAUCCAGCAGCUGGGAUUUAUCAAAAUGUGGAUCCUAUUAUCCCAUCUAGAUCUGUUCCAUCUGUUUUAGGCACCACACACAUACCAGAGCUUCCAGGUUAUGUAGAUGCAGGAAGCGCAUGGCCGGUUUAUUCUUCUGCUCUUCCCAUGGUUUCUGGUUAUGGUGGUGGUGCCGCUCAAACUGAGGAAUUGACUAUUAGAGUGUUGUGUCCAACUAACAAUAUUGGUCGUGUUAUUGGAAAAGGAGGAGCUUCUAUUAAAAGUGUAAGGCAAGCAAGUGGUGCUCGAAUUGAGGUUGGUGAUGCCAAAGCCGAUCGUGAUCAGUGCAUCAUCACAGUCAUUUCCACUGAGUCAGUGGAUGAUCUUAAAUCCAUGGCAGUUGAGGCUGUCUUGCUGCUGCAAGGGAAAAUAAAUGAUGAAGAUGAGGAUAGUGUAACUUUUCGUCUACUUGUUCCAUCAAAGAUCAUUGGAUGUAUCAUUGGGAAAGGUGGUUCAAUCGUUAAUGAAAUCCGGAAGAGAACUAGAGCUGAUGUACGUAUCUCGAAAGGCCAGAAGCCCAAGUGUGCAGAUUCAAACGAUGAACUUGUUGAGGUGGCUGGGGAAAUUAGUAGUGUGAGGGAUGCCCUUAUCCAGAUUGUACUGAGGCUCAGAGAUGAUGUUCUGAAAGGCCGAGAAGGUAAUUUUAAUCCAUCUGCCGAUGCUGAUUCUUUACGCGCUGGUGGUACUGGUCAUUCACUGGCUCCAGUUUUGCCCAAUGUUCCUCCGACCGCUUCUUUGAGCUAUGAACACAGGGGUGAGACUGGAAAUGGCCUUGGAAUGCGUUCUUCGGGCAGCCUCUAUGGUCAUGAGUCAUUCUCGAGGGGGGAUGAUGGCUAUGGAGCGUACUCUUCAUAUUCCUCAAAGAUAUAUGGCGGACCGCCUCCACCCACAGCUCUAGAGAUGGUUAUCCCUGGACAUGCAGCUGGUAAAGUUAUUGGUAAAGGUGGCUCAAACAUAGAUAAUAUUCGCAAGAUAUCCGGAGCAGCUGUGGACAUAAUUGAUUCCAAAUCCUCUCGAGGUGAUCAAAUUGCUAUAAUAUCUGGUACACAGGAACAGAAGCGUGCUGCAGAAAACUUGAUUCAGGCAUUUAUAAUGGCCACUUGAGCAAUAAGGACACAUCUCUUUUUGGAGGUGUGACCUUGACUAAAUGUCGAGGUUCCUUCUUCAGAAGUUCCUCUCUAGGAUAUGGUAGGUUCUCGUGCUGGAGAGAGUGUGUCAUUGCGUAGGUUUGAUACAUUUCUUCUCUGUAGGAACGCUUGCAAAGAUUGUUCAUAAAGUUGGACCGCUUGUUCUGUUUUCUGCCUAUUUAGGUUCAGCCAUGUUGCCUGACAGGCUCUUUUCAAUCUGCUCUGGGUUAGAACUUCAUAGGGCAUUGUCUUUCCUUUGAUGGUCUUUCGUCAGUUCUUAUCUUUUGGUGAAUAUGGCUUCCAAAUUUCUCCUACUCUCCCAUGCUCUUUUAACUUUAUACGGAACUUUAGCUAUUAUCAGUUGUCAAGCUCACAUUGCAUGGAAUUUCAGUAUCUUGUUGCUGAUUCCUCUUUGCUCAGCUUCUUCAGUAAGAUCCUGUCUUGCUGAUACGAUGACAUGUGGUUUAUAUGCUCUUCCUACGAGUUCAGUUGAAUCCUCUGCUGUGUGCAUGAGCACUAUUAGGCAUUUCCUAAUUACCAGGGAGCAUUUCUGAAUUUACGAUUCUUUCUCAAGACCUUCUAAAGAAAGAAAUCUCUUGUGCUUAACUUGGGCUUGAAGUUAUUGCUGCUGCUUAUAAUCAUAGAUCUACAGUUUCCAUUGCCAGUUGCUUCCAUGAUUUCUAAUUGAAUAUAUGUUUUAAUCUAAUCUGAUGCGAUCCCCUUCAUCUCUUCGCUAUCUUGCAUCUGUUUUCAGAAUCUUUCAGGUCAUCUAUUCUCUUUACUGAAAAAGAAUUAGGGAAGACAUCUAUCUUACACUAACAGCCUAGAUCUUCAAUUAGGAAGACUAGACCAGACAUUAAAUUUAGGAGCCAAAGGAAUUACAAACAAAAAAGUUGUGAUGUGUAUAUAUAUAUAUGUAUGCCACCUAUUUUGUUCUUUUAUUUAAUUGUUACCAAAAUUAUCUUGGUACUAGCAAAGGAAAUUUCUUAGAAAUUUUACUUUCUUCCUUUUCUUUCUAAAAACAGGUGAACUUCUUAGAGAUUGAUUCCCAAGUUUUUGGUCUUUUUCCUGUCUAAAGCUUUCAUCCAAAGGUCUAUUUAGUCUCAGUGGGGAAAGUAGAGACACUUCUGCACACCUUUUUUUCUUUUGUGCUUUGUUCAUCUCAUUUUUUGGGGAUGAGGUUUGUUCAUUUCAUCUUUCUUGGUGAAAGCUCGUUGAGCACUCAGUAACACGUCUCAGCGUAAGACAUGAUUUUCUUAGCAACUUGCUUGCAUCAAUAUUUUCAAUCUAUCAAUCAAUAUGCAUCAAUUCUAAACUAGUAAGUGUCAACUAUACGAAUCCUCUGCAUCUUUUCCGUUCUAUUCAGGCUAUUUCAUUCUCUUGCUAGUAAAAUUGUGUUCCAAAGCAUUUUAGAGGUUAUCUGAAUCUUCACACUUAUCAUUCAAUGUCUAGUCUCUAAUGAUACUAAAAAGACUCUUAGCAAACAUCGGACCUGCCGUAAGGUGCGACAAUAACUAAGAAUUAACUCCAGUUAACUGAAAUCUCUUGAAUUCAUUGCGCCAUUAUGUUUUCUCUUACCUAAGUUCUUAUAUAUUUCGGGAGAUUCCUGUUCUUUUGAGAUUACUCUUAGGUCUACCUUUCUCCUUUUUAGCACCUUUAAUCACCAUAAUGUUAUACUUACUAACCAGUACAUUGGAGGUUUAUGUGGGACAUGGCUAAACUAUCUCAUGCGUCUUGUUAUUUCGAUCUCUAUGUGUGCUUCUUGCACACUUUGCAUGAUGUGAUUAUUUCUAAUAUUGUCCAAUCAUUUAUGACUACACAUCAAUCUUAACGUCCAUUUCUAUGACACUCAUCUUGUAUAUAGGCAAGAACUUAGAUGCCACCUUCACUCCCAUAUAACAUUACCGGUUUUACAAUUUUCAUAUAGAACUUGUGAGUCACUGUGUAGCAUUGCUCUAUCUCAGCCAUCCUAUUUUAGUUUAAUAUUUGACAUCUUCAUCUAUCAUCUCAUUUACAUUGUAAACUAAGCCUAGAUAUUCGACGUAUUUGCAUUUAGGCAUCAAUCAUCCAAUUCACUUCUCCCUCAUUCUUCUAUGAGUGUUGAGCUUACCGUGCAUAUAGUUUGUCUUACAACAACAACAAACCUAGUAAAAUCGCACAAGUGGGGUCUGGGGAGGGUAAAGUGUACGCAAACCUUACCCUUACCUUAUUACGGUAGAGAGGUUGUUUUCGAAAGACCCUCGGCUCAAGAGAAGUGAAAAUGAAACAAUAAACAGACAGUAGCAACAAGGUAAUUAGACAUGGGCGCAAAUGGAGAUACGUACAAUAACAAAGAUCUAAGAAUAUAACACUACAAUAAUAGAGUCAAUCUUGCUGGAAAUAAUGACACCAUGGGGCUAAGAAUAGGAAAAUACAAGACUAUUAUUAAUACUACUGCGAAGACUAGACGAAACUCUAGAUUGCCUGUUAACCCACAACCCUAAUCCUCGACCUCAACACCCUCUUAUCGAGUGUCAUGUCCUCGGUAAGCUGAAGUAGCGCCAUGUUCUGCCUAAUCACCUCACCGGUACUUCUUAGGCCUCCCUCUACCCCUCCUCUGACCCGCCAUGGUCAACCUCUCACGCCUCCUAAACGGAGCAUCAUGAUCUCUCCUCUUCACAUCUCCGAACCAUCUUAGCCUCGAUUCCCGCAACUUAUCUUCUACAGGAGCCACGCCCACCUUGUCGAUAAUAUACUCGUACCUAAUCUUAUCUUUCUUAGUAUGCCCACACAUCCGUCUCAACAUCCUUAUUUCCGCUACUUUCAACUUCUGGACAUGAGAUUUUUUGACUUGCCAACACUCGGCUCCAUAUAACAUGGCCUGUCUAACUACCGCUUUAUAGAGCUUGUCCUUAAGUCUAGGUGGCACAUUCAUGUCACACAAAACACCAGAAGCGAGCCUCCGUUUCAUCCAUCCCGCUCCAAUACGAUAUGCGAUAUCCUCGUCGAUCUCCCCGUUACCCUGUAUCACAGACCCAUGAUAUUUGAAACUAUCUCUCCUGGGGAUGACUUGUGUAUCCAGCUUCACGUCCACUUCUGCUUCAUGGACCCCAACACUAAACUUAUGCUCCAACGCAUAUAGUUUGUCUUAUCCUAAAUUCUCUACUCUCUGGAGUGCUUUUCUAUAGUUUCAGCUUUUGGUUGAUUCCUUCCAAGUCCGGUGAACUAAUGUAGUAACGUUCAAGUAUCAUGUACAAUGGAACAUUAUCUAGUAUACUAUUGCCAAUUAGUUUACUGUUCCAUCACUAGGGGAAGCAAAAACCAAUUUCAAGGUGAUUUUUAAUUGAAACCUACUUUCUCUCGUGUUUCUCGUAGUUCUGACCAGCUGACCGUUCCUGGUACAUAACUGAAUUUAUCUUUUCAAGUAGCCAGUACAAUAUUUCUGUUGAUAUUCUAUUCUAUGUUUCUCUUGGUCACUAAAGAUCACCUGGAGAUUAUUUUUCUGCUCCUUAUAAGUUUCUAUCAAUCUUUAAGUAGAAAAAUAUAAACUCUGUUGUAGAUCAACCAAGCACAAUUUCAAACCGGUUCUCCAUCACUCUCUAAUGUCCCUAGGUCUACUAUAUUACCAUUUUCUAAUGGUUCAUAGAGGACUCAUAAGUGUAAUACCACUAGUUCAUACAAUUUUUAAUAUCUCCUUUGUUACUAUAUGUCAAACAAUGUACCCUCUCCACUCAUUUAACAUGCUUCUUGCUCCUUGAUGCGACAUUGAAUGGCUGGGUUGGCCAAACUACUUUUACGAUUUCCAAGGCUCUGCUUGAAUAUACCGUCUAGACUGCAUAUUUUUUCUAACCUCAUAUUCUUCAUGGCAUCCUUUACUUCGACAGAUAUAAUUCUACAAAUGCAGCUAAGGUUUCUCACUGUCAUGAAUGUAUGAAGAUUUGUAAUAUUUUUCUCUUGAUUGUCAAAACUUAGAAAACAUUUGUCACCAUACAUCUUUUCAUUUCUUGUUAUCUUUCAUAGGUAGCCCCAAUGAAAUCGAAUUCUAAAGUUAGUUUUUGCUUUGUGUUGCUGUGUCUCUGUUCUUUCUGCCAAAUCAGUGACCCAUUGGUGUUGUGUUCAGUUAUCUUCUAGACUCUUCGGCUUCCUUGUUGUCCUUCUCAUCCCCUUCCUGUUCUCUUAAGCUAGUUUGUUUUUGGACAUAAUUAGUGCUUCUGUUUGUGUAAAGGAUUAUCCUUGUGUUUGAACUCUUUCUUCUUGAUAGAUUGAGUACUAGGAAUCAAUUUCUUGUUUCUGUUAUGAUGCUUGUCAGUAUUCAGUUCAACUCCUUUUUUUUUGAGUCAUCAGUCCUUGGAGUGAAGGUCUCUAGGUUCACACUAAGGAUGACAAUAUGAGUAGUAGACAAGAUCUCUGGCUUUCAACACUUUGUAACAGUCUAGGACAUUGCUUUCUCAUUUCAGUACUAGGAAUCAAUUUCUUGUUUCUGUUAUGAUGCUUGUCAGGAUUCAGUUCAACUCCUUUUUUUUUGAGUCAUCAGUCCUUGGAGUGAAGGUCUCUAGGUUCACACCAAGGAUGACACUAUGAGUAGUAGAUAAGGGCUCUGGCUUUCAGCACUUUGUACCAGUCUAGGACAUUGCUUUCUCAUUUCAGUACUAGGAAUCAAUUUCUGUUUUCACUAUGAAGCUUGUUGUGCUCGGUUCUCCAAAUUUCGUAUUAUCCUGUUUGGACCUCAGGUCUCUAGGUUAGCAAUUAGAAGACGUCUGAGUAGUAGAGAAGAGCUCUGGCUUCCAACUCUAGUUUUCGGUCAGGUGAUAGAGAUGAUAUCGAACUUCUAGUGAGAUGAUAUUGCUAGGGAUAUAAAUCUCCAUUUGUAUGAAGUUUGUCCUGACCUCGUGUAGUUUUUAUCUCAUUCUAGCAGAGGUCUGCCCCAGGUGUCCGGGCGAAUUUAGUUCUUGAAGUAUGUAAUUUUAGGUAACUUUGUGGAUUGAGACACCUUUUCAUAAGCCAUUUUGUGAUAAGAUUAGUGAUUGUAAUUUGUACAUAUCUGGUUUGAGACACUUACCAAGCAAACACUGGUCUUUGUCUCAAGAUUUGACAAGUAGGUUAUGACUUGGGAGUGGUCUCUUUUCUUGCA